UCUCUCUCUCUCUCUCUCUAUGGCGACCCCUUUCACCUGUUUCAGCCCAUCCCCAAUCCUCUCUUCCUCCGCCGCCUCCAACCACCGCAAACCAGAUCCAAACAGCCGCAAACCACCACCCUCCUCCUCAUCCAAUUGGUGGACCCCACUCUUCGGCUGGUCCUCAGAUCCAGAGUACAUCAACAACCCCAACACCACCACUACCAACAACAACAACAACAACAAGAGAAAGAAGAACAAUAACGAACCGGUUUCAGAUAUUUAUGAAUCGGCCGAUUCGGAGGCUGGACGCUCCAGAUCUCGGUUCAAUCCGGGAUGCUUCACGGAAGAUAAGGCCAAGCAGCUCCGGAAGAAGACGGCGGAAACGGCGGCGUUUCACGACAUUAUGUAUCACUCCGCGAUCGCGUCUCGUCUUGCCUCCGAUAUUUCGGACCUGUACGAUUUUUAGUAUUAGCCGGAGAUCUCGACGCCGGUAUUAAUGUCGGUGUGUGUUGCUCUGGUCUUUUGCAAUUUGUCGACUUCGAAUUUCGGAUAUCGUUUUGGUUUUUUUAAGUUUCGGUGUCUGAGUUUGUUUGUUUGUUUUUGUUUUUUUAAAUUUUAAAUUCAGCUGGGAAUUGUUAAUGUAGUUGUAAUUUGCACCGUCCGAUCUUUGAUCCAAAGGCAGUGGUUUAUCCACUGUAGCUCAUAAAUCGUGAUCAAUUAUGAGAUACGAUCCUACUACUCUA